AUGAGGCUAUUUCUCAUCCGCCACGCAGAAUGCGAGCAUAAUGUGGGCAAAGCGACGGGCAACUCGGAUAACCUGACAGGCGUCGGUAAAGACCAGGCCCUCCGGCUAGCGCGGUACUUUCGUGAUCGGCGGGUGUCCUUCACGCGUGUACUUUCGUCGGAUCUCGAUCGUGCGACCGAUACCGCUCGUAUGAUUUGCCAGUACCAAUUGGGUAGUGGACCUGCCCUAGAACCCUUUCAGACAGCCAAGCUGCGCGAGCAAUGUUUCGGAUGUGGUCGGUCGUCUCGCGAAGUGACCCAGAUCGAGUCGAUGGCAUCGAUGCGAGCACGGAUCAAUGGUUUUCUACGGGACCAUAUAUUGCCGGAGAUGGCUAAUCAUGUUACUGGUGGCGAUGCAGUCAUUGCAAUCGUCGGGCAUGGGGUCAUCUUGCAGGUUCUAUGGGCGUGCUUGACCGAGAUCUUUGGCUCACACUCGUUCCAUCUGGCUCGGAAUGCUGAGGCGCCGGGGCUUGAUUAUACGCAUCCCUUCUGGUCAAAUACGGGGAUCAUGGAGGUGGAUAUUCGUCCGGGUGGUCCUCCACCGGAGAUGCUGCUCAGGAAUAUGAUCCACCCGAAUGUCGAGCCCCCGUGGCUGAUGAGGUCGAAACCGCCUUUUCCGCCUGAUGGCAGUGCACCGUUGAUCGGAUGGUCGGUGACGAUCUUCACGGUUGAUAGUACGGCUCAUCUUGAUGGUGAUGCACUAGCACAGACCGUUCCCCCGGUCGUGCCGCAGUCGGGGCAACAGCCGAUGGACCAGUUCUAUCGGCUGACGGGGACUGUUUGA